AUGAAGAUUUUCACGCUUACUGGACUCUGCGCCGCCAUCUUACCCUUCACAACCGUCAGUGCAGGUGUAGUAACACCUCACUGGCCCUCCGAGCACAAAGAGCUAUGGAUGGGAACAUACAAAUACGAAAACGACCAAUUCUCCGGUGAAGUCUGGUCAAAACAAAUGAACUGCGGUCCUGUCAGCCAACCUUUAGUCGAAGUCUUCUGGGCCAAGGGAGAAGAAUGGCAGGAAACACCGUUGAAUGCUAAAAGGAGUUGGUUUGAUUCUCGGGGAAACGUUUGGUACACUUUCUUUGGACCCGCACCUGGAGCGACGCAGUUCUAUGUCAAGUUGACUUGUUUGGAUAGGGUACUAUACGACCCGGGAAAUUUUGUGAAUCACCAGAUCCAACGGGAUUGA